AGCAUUCCAUUUCCAUAAGAACCUCCGCUAGCUAGCUGCGUAUAAAAUAUAAAAUAUAAAGGGGAAAAAAAAAACGAGAAAACAGUGUCAUAUUAUUAUUCCUUCCUUCUCACUGUGUCUGGUGCAUAAACCUCAACAACACACUCUUCAAUUUUCUAGGGUUUGAGUUUUGCUCCCUUUUUCUUCGCCUUCUCCAAUGGCCGCUUCCUCGCUCCUGAGAUCCGCGCUUCUCGCUCCUUCCUCCUGCGAUCGCCCCAAGGUAUAUACCAAUGCCUCAAGUUCUAAUUUAAAAUCCAAGGGAUUACAUAGCAGCAUUUUUGGUACUUCAAUUCAAUGUGACUCCUUAGUCUUACAAAAUUGCAAUGGUCGUGGGAUCCAGCCUAUUAAAGCCACAGCAACGGAAAUCCCUCUCCCCACCCAGCAAUCAAGGAGCACUGGGAAGACAAGAGUUGGAAUAAAUGGUUUUGGUAGAAUUGGAAGGUUGGUGUUACGUGUAGCUACUUUCCGAGAUGAUGUUGAUGUUGUUGCAAUUAAUGAUCCAUUUAUUGAUGCGAAAUAUAUGGCAUACAUGUUCAAAUACGAUUCUACUCAUGGUCCAUUCAAGGGGUCCAUUAAUAUUUUGGAUGACUCUACUUUGGAAAUUAAUGGGAAGCAUGUUAAAGUUGUGAGCAAAAGAGAUCCUGCAGAGAUCCCAUGGAGUGAUUUUGGGGCUGAUUAUGUCAUUGAGUCUUCAGGAGUUUUUACAACAGUGGAGAAAGCUUCAUCACAUUUGAAGGCUGGUGCCAAGAAAGUUGUAAUAUCAGCUCCAUCGGCGGAUGCACCAAUGUUUGUGGUAGGAGUGAAUGAGAAGACAUACAACCCAAAAAUGGACAUUGUUUCUAAUGCAAGCUGUACAACGAAUUGUCUUGCUCCUCUUGCCAAGGUGGUUAAUGAAGAGUUUGGAAUAGUUGAAGGUUUGAUGACAACGGUACAUGCAACAACAGCAACACAAAAGACCGUAGAUGGUCCUUCUAUGAAGGAUUGGCGAGGAGGAAGAGGGGCAGCUCAAAAUAUAAUUCCAAGUUCAACUGGUGCUGCGAAGGCCGUUGGGAAAGUUCUUCCUGAGCUAAAUGGGAAACUCACUGGGAUGGCAUUCCGUGUACCGACUCCCAAUGUUUCUGUGGUGGACUUGACUUGCCGGCUUAAGAAGAAUGCUUCCUAUGAAGAUGUUAAAGCAGCAAUAAAGUAUGCCUCAGAGGGACCACUGAAAGGUAUCCUUGGGUACACAGACGAGGAUGUUGUCUCUAAUGACUUUGUUGGUGAUUCAAGGUCAAGUAUCUUUGAUGCCAAGGCUGGCAUUGCACUAAGUGCUUCCUUUGUUAAGCUGGUUUCGUGGUAUGACAAUGAGUGGGGUUACAGCAACCGAGUAUUGGACCUUAUAGAGCACAUGGCAUUGGUGGGAGCUCAAAAUUGAACACCAUUAGUGUAUGUUGUGUUGCAAUUCUUGUUGAAUAGGGUUUAAUAUUGGUAGAGUGGUUUAGGUUCAGAUUUUGGUUUUGAUCUGAUUUUUAUAAGAUGUGAGGUUAAAUGAUCACAUCAUGUACACUGAAUAAAAUAAAAAAGGAUAUUAUCCUGGUUACCUGUUUUGGAAUUACCAGCAUGAAUUUUACAAUCUGCCUUUUAAAAUGAUAGACAAUAUGCUGUGUUGCAAUUCUUGUUGAGUUAGGUUAAAUGUUGGUAAUGGCUUAUGUUCUCA